AGAAGCGGUCGGAACUAAACAGUGCAAAUCUCGCUGACGCUCCGGAGUCUUUAGUUUCCGGCUCCACUUCCUGUCCGCUGUCGGGUCAAAAUGUCGUCUCUGAGAUGUUUUCAGCGGUUAAAGAGUGUUUUCUGUGUCCAAGUGAACUCAGGAGUCCGGAGGAUCUCAGCAGCUCCAUCUUCAGUCCAGCAGAAAGAGUCGCUCGUAACGAUGGAGAAUCCGUAUAAAGAGGCUCAGAAAGGCUGCGUCCUCUGUAGCAUCACGGUGGAUUAUAAAAACAUCCAGCUGCUGUCUCAGUUUAUUUCUCCGCACACCGGCAGGAUCUACGGCCGACACAUCACAGGUUUAUGUGGAAGGAAACAGAAGGAAGUGAGCAAAGCCAUAAAGAAAGCUCAAGCUAUGGGUUUCAUGUCUGUGACCCACAAACAUCCUCAGUUCAUGAAGGAUCCCAACAUCUGUGGAAUCAAACUUCUGGAUUAAUAAUCAGUUUAUCUUUUAAUGUUUCAUAACAUCUGUGGAAUCAAACAUCUGGAUUAAUGGAUUAUAAAAGCUUCUGUUCAUGUAUUUAAUGUUUGUUAUUAAAGUUUCUCUGCUGCCGG